CAUACAAAAGAUAUUGGAAGUUUUAGAUUACAGGGCUUCUUAUAGAAAAAAAGUUUUAGAUUAAAAUUCUACAAAAUAAUGUUGAGUAGUUUUUAUCCUUCGUCCCUCGAAACAAGAUUCACAUUCCACCAACUACAUGUUCAGCAACUUCAGCUUCAUCUCUACAGAGCCUGUAAUAUAUAUACCUUGUCAAAAUGGGUGGUUCAUUUUGCUAGCAUCCGCACAAAUUGCAGAUACGUAAGAAAGUUAGUGAAUUCUUUGAAAUUCAUCAAUAACAUGUGUCAAAUUGUUGAGCAUUGCAAACGAUUAUUUUACCUCUUCAAUAGGUGGACGAACUCAAGAGUUAGCACUUUUCUGGGUUCUUGUACAACUCCAGUCAAAUACGUUGCAUCUAGGAGCAGUUAUACCUCUCUGAGUCAAAUACAGCUCCAUGUCUCGGACUCAACGGCUGACAGACAAAGAUCCGAAGCAGAGAGUGGUGGCGGCCUUUUGUCGGAAGUAGAGACCAGCAAGGCGGCCGAUGUUGGCAAGAAACGAGAGGAAAGGGUUAGGUUCUUCUCGUCGGAAGUAGAGACGAGCAAGGUUGUGGGUUAUUGGGCGAGGCCGGGGCCAGGGGCUCGAACGGAGAGGAGUUCGCUGUCUGGAGGUGGGUUUCGCUGUUUUGGAAAAAGGGGUUGGAUUUCGACGGACGGGAGCAAAGACGGGGGCUGGUUGUUAGGGUUUAGGUUAAUUAAGGGUGAAGGGGGUGAGAUUUUGCACUUGCGGCAGGCCAAAAAUUUUUAGAACAGAAAAGGAGCGGCAAAAAUUAUUGGAGGCAAAUGUUGGAGCCAAUUCAACAAAAAGAAGUGAAAAUUUUGGAGCCCUCUCAAGCCAAAGUGAAUUCGAAGCAAAGUGAAUUCUCCCUCCAAGAAUUUUAAUAAAUUGUUGUUAAAGAA